CUCUUCUGUUGCUGUUUUCAUCUGUACUUUCUUCCACUUCCUCUCUCUCUCUCUCUCUCUGCCAUUGCCAUUGCCAUUGCGAUUGCCAUUGCCAGCCAAUUCCCCACAUCCUCCACUCAUUCUCUCUCUAAACCCCCUCCCUUUCUCUCUCCUCUAUAAAUUUCUUUACCCUUUUCUUUUCUUACUCAACCACCCUUUCUUCUUUCUUCUUCUUCUUCUCACUCAACUAUGAAGGAAUACUGGUCUUCUCUGGCUUCCCUUCUUGGCGUUUUAGCCUUCUGUCAAACUCUUCUUCAAGCAAUUUUCCCGCCAGAGCUCCGUUUCGCCGCCGUCAAACUCUUUAACCAACUCUUCCGUUGCUUCUCCUCCUACGUCUACUUCGACAUCACUGAAAUCGACGGCGUCAACACCAACGAACUCUACAACGCCGUACAACUCUACUUAAGCUCUUCUGUUUCUAUCUCCGGUAAUCGCUUGAGUCUCACGCGCGCUCUCAAUUCCAGCGCUAUCACUUUCGGUCUCUCCAACAAUGACUGCAUCCUCGACUCCUUUAAUGGCGUCACUGUCCAAUGGGAACACAUCGUCACUCAGAGACAAGCUCAAGGUUAUCUGUGGCGUCCUCUGCCGGAGGAGAAACGGGGUUUUACUCUACGAAUCAAGAAGAAAGAUAAGCCCUUGAUUUUGGAUUCCUAUCUUGAUUUCGUUAUGGAUAAAGCUGAAGAAAUCCGUCGUAAGAAUCAAGAACGGCUUCUAUACACGAAUUCGCGAGGUGGGUCGUUGGAUUCGAGGGGGCAUCCAUGGGAGUCGGUGCCAUUUAAACAUCCUAGCACAUUUGAUACAUUGGCCAUGGACCCACUUAAGAAGCAACAGAUUAUGGAAGAUCUUCGAGAUUUCGCCAACGGCCAAAGAUUCUACCAACAGACAGGACGAGCAUGGAAAAGGGGUUACCUACUAUACGGCCCUCCAGGAACAGGUAAAUCGAGUAUGAUCGCUGCAAUGGCCAAUUUUCUUGGUUACGACAUUUACGAUCUUGAACUUACUGAAGUUCAUAACAAUUCUGAACUCCGGAAACUCCUUAUGAAAACAACUUCUAAAUCGAUAAUCGUCAUCGAAGACAUUGAUUGCUCCAUCAAUCUCACUGAUCGGAAGAAGAAGAGUCCUGUUUCCGGGAUGAGAAGUUACUACGAUUUGCCGGAUUUCCGAUGCGGCGGAGGCAACGGUGGUGGAUAUGGUUCAAUUUCCGGCGAUGACGGAGGUGGUAAUUCGAUUACUCUCUCUGGGUUACUCAAUUUCACCGAUGGGUUAUGGUCUUGCUGUGGUAGUGAGAGGAUUUUCGUAUUCACAACGAAUCACAUUGAGAAACUUGACUCUGCAUUGCUUCGAAGUGGGAGAAUGGAUAUGCAUAUAUUCAUGAGUUACUGUUCCUUCUCUGCAUUGAAAAUACUUCUGAAAAAUUACUUAAAUUACGAAGAAGACGACCUAGACUCCAUUGUUUUGAACGAAAUCAAAGACGUGAUCGACAAGGCGAAGAUGACGCCGGCGGAUGUGAGUGAGCUUCUUAUAAAGAAUCGUCGAUGUAAAAACAGAGCAGUGACCGAGCUGUUAGAGACAUUGAAAUCAAAAGCAGAAAAAAAUGAGAAAAAUAGUGGAGAAUUAAGGAAAAAAGAAAUGGGUUUAGAGGAAGAAGAAGAACAAGAGAAGAGAACUUUGGAUAGUCCCAAAGAAGGGUCUGAAUUUGAGGAAGAAGAAGAAGAUUGCAGGAAAGAAACAGAAGAAGAAGAAGAUGAUGAUCAUGAAAAAAACAACAAUUUCAUUCAGUAAUAAAAAUUGGUAAAAUUCACUUUCUAUUUUCCUCCCUUUUUUCUUCCUUUUUGUGACUGAAAAGAAGUGAAAAGUUCAAAAGAAAAAAGGAUUUUUUCUUUUCUUUUACUGUGGAGAGAAAAAUCAAGAUCUAUGAAAUCAAUUUGGAUCCAAUCCUAAUUAACAUGCUUACAAGAUCUAUUAAAUAAUGAAAUUUAUAUUACGUCAUCAUUUAUAUA